AAUUACCUUCUCACAUACGGAUUAGUUUCCGCUCACCAACUUCACUCUUUCUCUCAUUGAUACUAAAGAUAUAGGCCAAGUACGAUACAUUUUUUUUUAUAUUAUAAUAAUAAUAAUUUAUAUAAAAAAACUUUUUUUUUUCACGAGUUGGUAAAUAUGUCUUGGCCAUUUCAAACCCUUCGAAUCCUUUAUCCCGUGCUUACCCUUUUAUCAUUAAUUACCAUUUUUUUACUUUCUGCAUGGGUCUCAUCAACAAAUUCAUUUUCCUCUUCAUUCGAUUCUUAUUAUAAUCAAAUUAAUAAUAAACAAGAGAAUUCAACAAUAAAGUUUCCUGCAGAAAUUUAUUUGGGUUUUAUUUUUAGUAUAAUAUCAUUUUUAUUUACAGCAAUUUUAUGCUUCCCUACAAUUUCACGUAAAUUCGGAUACAAAAUUUUUAUUUAUUUAAUAGAUGUAAUUUUAUCUAUUUUUUGGUUCGUCCUUUCAAUUUUAAUUGUUGCUAGAAUUAAUAAUGGAUCUAUAAUUGACCCUAAUAAUAUAACUAUUCAAUUAAAUGAAAAAAUUAAUGAAUUACAAAUUAAAGAAGGUAUUCCUGAUACGAAUAAAUCAUUAUUAUUAGGAAAAGCAAUAACUAUUCUCAGUUGGAUACAAUUUUUAACUUGGACUUUUACAACAAUUAUUUUGGCUCAUAUUCGUUCUCGUAAAUGGACAAAGAAAGAUAGAAAUAAGAGGAUUAAUAUUGUUAGUGGAUCAUAUGACCAAGAUGCUAAAAUGUUAACUACACCUUCUAUUAUAAAAGAAAUUGAUGAAUUAGUAAAAAAUCCUCCAAAUGCACAAACUACAAUAGAAGAGACCUCAUCGAAAACUCCUGUUUUAGAAUUAAAUCUUUCGCUUACAACGAAUACUACUCUUUAUUUACUUGAUCCAGUUUCAUCUCCUCCUAAAAAUGAUGAUGAACUUUUUUCUAUCAAAUUAUAAUAUAUAUAUAUAUAACUUUUGUUAAAAAAGGAAUUGUAUAGACAAUAGUUUAUAAUAUCAUUAACAUUUUUUAUUUUAGAUUUCAAUCAAUAUACUUUUAAAUUGCAUUUUCUCAUUAACAUUCCAUUAUAUUCAUUUACAAUUACAUUAACUUAAUAUAAUAUAAUAAGUUCUUGAGUGACGAAUACCAGUGGUAUAUUGAUUCUUUUUCUUUUUUUUAUCGGUUGUGAUAAAUUAUGAAUGUAUGAUGUGU